AUGCAGAUGCACGAGCAAAUGAUGAUUGUCGAUGGACAAGAACAACCAAUCUCCAGAACUUAUCAAUACAGAAAGGUUAUGAAACCAAUGCUUGAACGCAAACGAAGAGCUCGCAUCAAUCGUUGCCUCGACGAGCUCAAGGACCUGAUGGUGACCGCGCUCGCUGGUGACGGUGAAAACGUAGCAAAACUCGAAAAAGCCGACAUCCUCGAAUUGACAGUCCGUCACCUUCACAAACUCCAACGUCAACAACGCCUGUCAGCUAACCCUGUGCUUGACUCAGAUCGAUUCCGCGCUGGAUACACUCACUGUGCCAACGAAGUCAGCCGCUGCCUUGCAGAAACACCCGGAGUAGACGUAGCGCUGGGAACCAAGCUGAUGACCCACCUCGGUCACAAACUCAUCUCAAUGGACAAAACCGGACCUCUGACUAUUCACGUGUCGACCCCACCACCACCUCAGUCCUCGCCGUCAGUGUGCAGCGAGUCCUCGAAUUCAUCGGAAUACUCGAUGCCAUUGACACCAGCCUCCAGCCAGCCAUCUCCAGUUGGACGAUCAGCAGAAGGCGAAACAAAUUUCUCGACACAAACUCACCAAGGAUUACUAAAAGUCGCGAAACCCAACGAACCUGUCUGGCGACCAUGGUAA